CACUAUAAACUAUGGGAACAGGAAGUUGGGUAAAGAUGUAAGGUUUGCAAAGUUGUAAGGUUGUAAUCUGACAGGAAGAGGAAGUUACAGUUUCAGUGGUUCAUGCUGUUCGUACCAAAAUUAAAUCACACUGGCGCUGCCAUGGAGGAGCUCGACAUGCUGUUGGAGGAGUUGGCUGCAAGCUCCACGAAAAGUGACUCGGAAAAAAAGCUCACCUUAAACUUGUCUGCGCAGACCUCAGGCACCGGCGUGACAUCAGGACAAAGCGCCAAAAAUGUAUACAGUGAGUUGCCUGCUCCGGUCUCGGCUGAGGUGAUGAGUCCAGGAACGGCCACUCGAGAGCUGGACUCCAUUAUGAAUGAGCUGCUGGGGCUGAACCUGGAGGUCUCAGAUCAACCACCACUCGCUCAGAAGUCUGAGAAAGACAAAAAGCCAGAAGACAAGAAAGAAACCGCAGGAAACAGCGUGCAGAAAGAUCCAGCAGUGGAGAACGCGUCCAAGAACCUGUCAAAGAACAUCGACAACAUUGACAACCUGCUGGGAAUGCUGAGCUCGGAUAUGGAGAAGAUGGGAGUGCGUACUACGGCCAAGGGACACUGCGCUUCCUGUGGGAAGAGCAUCGGUGGGAAGAUGAUCACGGCUCUGGGGCAGGUGUGGCACCCUGAGCACUUUGUGUGUGUGGUGUGUAAAGAGGAACUCGGCACUAAAGGGUUCUUCGAGCGGGAUGGGAAGCCGUACUGCGAGGCCGACUACCACAACCUGCACUCACCACGCUGUGCGUACUGCCAGGGCCCGAUUCUACAGAACAUCCUGACAGCGAUGGACCGCACGUGGCACCCAGAACAUUUCUUCUGUAGUCACUGUGGAGAACGAUUCGGAACUGAUGGUUUUAUGGAGCGUGAGGGGAAGCCGUACUGCCCUAAAGAUUUUUACUUCCUGUUUGCUCCAAAGUGUUCGGGCUGCGGCGAGCCGGUCAGGGAGAACUACCUCUCAGCGGCGAACGGCACGUGGCACCCUGACUGCUUCGUCUGCGCUGACUGUCUGAAGCCGUUCACAGACGGCUGUUUCCUGGAGUUGGAAGGGCGUCCCCUGUGUUCUCAGCACUACCACUCCAGGAUGGGGACGCUGUGUGCCACGUGUAACGCCCCCAUCACGGGCCGCUGCAUCUCCGCUCUGGGACGCCGUUUUCACCCCGAGCACUUUGUGUGUGCUUUCUGUCUGCGUCAGCUCUCUCAGGGAGUGUUUAAGGAGCAGGAUGGGAAACCUUACUGCAACGCCUGUCACAGCAAGCUCUUCCUAUAAAAUCUUCCUUAUCAGUCACAUUAAAAGAAAAAAAAAAAAAACCAAGCAUGAUACUGCAGGCUUAUUAAAGGGAACAUUUUCCAAUUCCUGUUACACAUAGCCUAAAAACCUUCGUUCAUUUAUUAUUAUAAAUAAAUAAUAAAUCAUGAUCCAAAAAAGUUGUCCAUAUGCAAUAUUGACUGAAAUAAUAGUGCGUUAAUGCAAUUUCUAGACUAAAGCAACGUAUAUUUACUGAUUUAUUCUCUAACAGACAGAAUUAUAGCAUCAGAUUCCUGGUCUUGGUUGACAGGAGUGGAACCCGAUCUGAUCUUCUCCUGUUGUUGUUCAUCCGCCUGAAGGUUUGACGUGUUGAGAUGCUUUUCUGCUCAACGCGGUUGUAAAGAGUUGCUAUUUGAGUUACCAUAGCCUUCCUGUCAGCUCGAAAGAGUCCAGCCAGUCUCCUCUGACCUCUCUCAUCAGCAAGGUGUUUCCGCUCCACAGAACUGUCGCACAUUAGAUGUUUCUUUUUUUUUUUUUUCACACCAAGAGACUGCUUUGUGUCAGAAUUCCAGGAGAUUUCUGAAAUACACAAACAAGGACCAACAACUAUGCCACUGAGAUCACUGAGAUUUCUUCCCCAUUCUGUGAACAUGUUUGGUGGGAGAAUGAACUGAAGCUCUUGACCCGUAUCUGCAUGAUUAUUAUUUUACCAUAAAGUAAAAUAAACUCUUCCAAAAGUAUUCACACCUAUUGAACUUCACAACUUGGAACUUUAUUAUAUGCCAGAUUUUUAGUUUGAUAAUAAAGAAUUCAUUAUUAGCAUAUCUGUUUUCAGUAAUGAGUUUAUGGUUCUGAGUUUAUUGCUCUGUGUUGCCCCCUAGUGGAAUCACAGAGACUAGUUCUUUUUUUCUUUCAGAAUCUUUCAGUUCAAAAGUCAAUUUUAAUUUUAAUCACAGAUUCAGAAUUCAUUUUGUGGCCGGACUAUUCAUAAAAGUCCUAAUUCUUGUCACAAACAACUUUCCCAGGCAAAGAAACGAAGUUUGCCAAAUAAAGUCUUGAGUUGAUGAAAUGAAGAAG